AUGACAGUCCAAGAAAAACGACCUUUAGAAGAAGCUCAAAACCUAGCAGAAACAGAACUAAAAAAACAAAACACAGCAUUAUAUACGAAGGGAGUAGCAAGUAUUAAACCACAAUAUAUCGUUCCUGCAUCAUCAAUAACAGAAAAUAUAGUAGAAUAUGAUGAUGAUGAAGCAGAAGCUGGGGAUAGAAACCAAGAGCAACAAAAUGGAAAUAGAAGGGGUGGUAAAAAUAACAAAAAGCAAAGAGGACAAAAUAAAAAUAGAGAUAUCAGACAAAGAAAAGAAACUAUUAGGUUAUGUUCUUCAUUAAUUGAUCCAAAUGAUGAAACAAGACCAUGCUUAGCUGGAGAAGAUAGACAAUGUAAAUUUUCACAUAACCUAGAAGAAUAUUUGGAAUCGAAAUUACCAGAUAUAGAAGGAACUUGCCCUGUUUUUGAAGCACUAGGUUAUUGUCCUGUAGGUAUGAAAUGUAGAUGGUUACAUUCUCAUUAUAAUAAAGAGACUAAAGAAUUAAUAAAAGAUUUGGAGAAAUUAAAAAUAGCGAAAGAAUCAAACUUCGAAGUGAAUAAUAUUAAUAAGGAAGAUAAAGUAGCAAUGCAGAAGAAGAAAUACGAAUUUAAAAUUGCAAAUCCUGUAAUAGACUAUAUCGAAUCAACAAUAAACAAAGAUGGAAAGAACGAACAGCAGUCAGAUCCAAAAGAAGAAAGGAAAAACAACGAAUCAGCAUACGUCGAAGCACCAUAUAAAAUCUCAGAAAAGAAAAAAAUUAACUUGAGAAAUGCUAAAAUAGUAUCACCAUUAACAACAGUUGGGAACCUACCAUAUCGUAGAUUGAUGAAAUCCUUAGGAGCUGAUGUAACAUACUCAGAAAUGGCAUUAUCGGUACCAUUAAUUCAAGGACAUCAACCAGAAUGGGCAUUACCAAAAGCUCAUAUUUCAGAAUACCCGGGUUUUGGUGUACAAAUUGCAAGUUCUAAGAUUUGGUCAGCUGCAAAAGCUGCUGAAGCCAUUUAUAGAAAUACAACUCAUGUAAGUGAAUUAAAUUUGAACUGUGGUUGUCCUAUUGAUUUGUUAUAUAAGCAAGGUCAAGGGUCUGCAUUGUUGGAUCAACCUCCAAGAUUAUUAAGAAUUGUUAAAGCUAUGAAUGCUGCUAGUGGUGAUAUACCAGUUACAGUUAAGAUAAGAACAGGAGUAAAAGAAAAUAAAAACACAGCUAAAAAUUUAGUAGAAAGAGUUUUAUCUGAAAAUCAAGUUGCUGCUAUAACUUUACAUGGUAGAUCAAGACAACAAAGAUAUACAAAGGAAGCAGAUUGGAAUUAUAUAGCAGAAGUUGGUGAAGUUGUAUCAAAAUGGAACACCAAGAGAGAAGAAGAUAAAGAAAUAAGUGAUCCUGCAAAUCCAACCUGGUUUGUUGGUAAUGGUGAUGUUUACACUCAUGAAGAUUGGUACAAAGGAGUAGGAACAGAAGGUAUAGAUUCAGUAAUGGUGGCAAGAGGUGCAUUAAUAAAACCAUGGAUAUUUGAAGAAGUUGAAGCACAACAAUAUUUGGAUAAAUCAGCUACAGAAAGAUUACAAAUGUAUGAAAAAUUUGCUAAAUUUGCAAUUCAACAUUGGGGAUCAGAUGAAUAUGGAGUUGCAACAGCUAGAAGAUUUAUGUGUGAAUUCUUGAGUUUUACUCAUAGAUACAUUCCAGUGGGGAUUAUGGAAAGAUUACCACCGAAAUUAAACGAAAGACCUCCUAAAUGGGUAGGUAGAAAUGAAUUAGAAACAAUGUUAGCAUCUGGUGAUUAUAGAGAUUGGAUUAAAACCACUGAAAUGUUCUUGGGUAAAGCAGGUGAUGAUUUUGCAUUUACUCCGAAACAUAAGAGUAAUUCAUAUGAAAAUUAA